UAUGAUCACGUAUGUAUAAUGAUUUGCUAUAAACCAUGCUUGCCAUCGUUCUGCUGCUCGCUCUGCCGUUCUGCACCGCAGAGUCAGCUUCCAGUUAUGCAGGAUCAACCGUCGUUGAUUCUUAUCCUCCCCCCGGUGCCACCAACACUGCUAUCGACGCUUACUUCCCGGAUGCAUCUCAAGUCGGUUAUGCAGGUCCAACGCCUACUGGUGCUGAACCUGCGGCCAUUGUCACUGCUAUCCCAUUCUCUAAGAUCGAAAAUGUAUUUCCCUUGUCGAGGCCCAAUUCAGCAGACGGCGCGAACGUCACUUUCGAUGUGAUGCGUCACUGGGGCAACUUGUCGCCCUUGUACUCCGUGGAGUCGUUUGGUCUUCCUGGUGCAUCUCCCGUCAUCCCGGAAGGGUGUGGCAUCAACGCAGUGCAUCUCUUGAUGCGCCAUGGCGCCCGCUAUCCAACAUCUGGCUCCGGAGGUUCUCGAUUGGCCUCUGAUAUUCAUGCUGCUGCAUCGAAAGAAGGCUUCAGUGUCACUGGUGAUUUGGAAUUCUUGGCAACCUGGACAUAUAAGUUGGGCGCGGAGACCUUGACGCCUUUCGGCCGCAACUCGCUCUUCAGCAAUGGGGUUGCCUUCCGCUACAGAUAUGGCGAGUUGCUUAAUGCCUUCACGGACCUCCCAGUAUUCCGUACUACUUCUGAAGAUCGCAUGGUGGAUUCUGCCCUGAACUUUGCUGCAGGCUUCUUUGGGGUCAGAACUUACGAGACCGACUAUCACCAGGAGAUUAUCAUCGAGGAGAACAACUUCAACAACACCCUCGCUCCUUAUGAUGUGUGCACCAACUCCAAUAAUGCGGAUAUCGGUCGCUUCGGUGGUACUCAGGCUGGAAAAUGGGCAAAUAUCUAUCUCGAAGAUGCUCAAAUGCGCUUGCAACCAAUGAUCCAAGGAUUUAAUUUGACCAUCUCACGAUUGUUUUAUAUGCAGCAACUAUGCGCCUAUGAGACCGUGGCCCUCGGGUAUUCCAAGUUUUGCGACCUUUUCACUGAGAAAGAAUGGGAAGGAUACGAAUAUUUCAAUGACUUCUGGUACAGCUACGGACCAGGUAAUCCAACAGCAGCAGCGCUAGGCCUUGGCUAUGUUCAAGAACUAGUCUCACGUCUCACUCAUACUCCCAUCAGUGUCUGGAACAGCAGCACCAACAGCACUCUUGACUCGAGCAACAUCACAUUCCCUCUUAAUCAACCUAUAUAUGUGGACGCUAGCCACGACUCUCGUAAACCACCGCUUACCUCCAUAUCUGACCAAUCACAUCAGUCUUACAUUGUUAGCCAGAUUGCACCUUUCGCCUGCCAGCUUGUAGCGCAGGUGCUCAGUUGCCCAGCCUCAGAGGAGCCAACUCAUAUCCGGUUCCUUCUGAACGAUGGUGUGAUGCCACUGACGGGGAUCCAUGGUUGCACGGAAGAUUCGAACGGUCUCUGCGCGCUGCCCAGCUUCAUCAGCGGGAUGCAUGAACGAAUUGGGGAGAUCAACUAUGCGCAUGAUUGCUUCGCCAAUUAUACCAUGCCCGAUCCCGACAACAUAAUCGAUGGAAGAUACCCUAGUUAAAAGGAUGUGCCACCUUUUGGAGAAUGUUAAUGAACGUUAAUGUCUA